CAAAAACCCAAAGCGAAAAACAAGAAAAUCUAAAUGGAAACGGCAGCAGACGACAAACCGGUAUGACUAACAACCCCCGCCCGUAGCAGACCGACAAGCACCGCUGAUAAGGGAAGACAUUCAAGUACAUAGCAGAGAGAGAGAGAGAGAGAGCGAAACAACCAUACCCACAGCCGCCAUGCAUGAGCCACAAGCGAAGGCAGGACAACACUAUGGUCAGAGUUGAAGGCGUGGCCUGUGCAAUCGGUGUGGGUUGAUUCCACGACCGAGACCAGACCGACCAGAUGCGGGCCAGUACGACAGUCACGACUUGGUAAGCGCGCAGGCAGCACGUCGUCGUCGUUCGUGGUUGUGUUUCGAUAGUGCUUCGGAUAGAAGAUAUAGAAGAACCGUUAACUGCAACCGUCGCGUAAUAUUGCCGACUUGUUAGUGUGCUUCCCAGUGAAAGAGUGAAGUGAAUUGUAGAGCAUUGAUAGAGAGAACACGGACUCCAGUCUUGAGGCUAGAGGCACAGAGAAGGAACUCCAGUCUUGAGGCUACAGGCACUGAGAACACUGACUCCAGUUGAGGCUAGGGGCAAGUGUGGUUCCUGCUUGACAAUAUGAUGGACGUAAGCAGCAUGUACGGCAAUCAUCCGCACCACCAUCCACAUCCACAUGCCAAUGCCUACGAUGGUUAUGGAGGCACCACCACCACAAGCAGCAACAGCAACAGCAGCAGCGUAACCGCCAGCAAUGCCAGCAGCUACUUUGUCCCGCACCAGCAUCAGCAUCACUUGCAACACCAGCAGCAGUUGCAACAGCAACAAUUGCAAUUGCAACAGCAGCAGCAGCAGCAUGCCCUCACGUACAAUGGCUAUGAGAGCAGCUCCCCCGGCAGCUAUUAUCCGCAGCAGCAGGCACAGCUGACGCUAACGCCACCGCCCCAAGCGGUGGUAGGAGGAGCAGUGGGCCACCAGGUGCAACAGACGCAGCCACAGCCGCCGCCACCGCAGCAACAGCAACAGCAGCUCUACCCCCACUCGCACCUGUUCAGCCCCAGUGCGGCGGAGUACGGGAUCACGACGAGCACGGCCACCGGAAAUCCGGGCACGCCUCUGCAUCCCACAAGCCACUCGCCGGCGGACUCCUACUACGAAAGCGAUUCGGUGCACUCCUACUAUGCCACGGCCGCGGUAGCCACUGUGCCGCCGCCCACCAACAACUCACCUGUGACCGCGGCAAAUGCCACCAAUCCCCAACAGCAGCAGCAGCAGCAGCAACAGCAACAGCAACCGGGAAUCGAUGCCCAUGCACAUGCCCCUAUUAUCAGCUCCGAGAACGGAAUGAUGUACACCAAUCUGGACUGCAUGUACAAUCCAGUGCAGGCGCAGGCGCAGGCCCAAGCCCAGGCUCAUGGCUAUGCCGGACAGAUCGAGGAGAAGUAUGCCGCCGUGCUGCAUGCCAGCUACGGGCCGGGUUUGAUACUGGAGGAGCAGGAUCCCAUGAUGCAGCAGGCCACGCAGUCGCAGAUGUGGCACCACCAGCAGCACUUGGCGGGGGGCUAUGCCCUGGAUGCCAGCCUAUCGAUGGACUCCCUGGGCAUGCAUGCGCACAUGCAUCAUGGACUAGCCCACGGCCAUUUGGCCAAUCUUGCCACCAACACCCACCAGCAACACACACAGCUACAACAGCAGCAGCAGCAGCAACAGCAGCAACAUGCGAAUCCACAGCAACAUCCACAGAAUCAAUCGCCGGUGACGCAGGCAACAUCCCAACAGCAGCAGCAGCAACAACAGCAGCAGCAACAUUCGGUGUCGCCCAAUGGCGGGCUGUCGCGACACCAGCGCGGGGGUGUCAUCUCACCUGGCAGCUCCACAUCCUCAUCGACAGCCUCCGCCUCGAAUGGCACGCACACAGCGAGCGCACAAUCAAAAUCGCCAAAUCACUCGGCCAGCAUUCCCACCUACAAGUGGAUGCAGCUCAAGCGGAAUGUUCCCAAGCCACAAGCACCAAAACUACCUGCCAACAGCAUUGCAAACAUGCACCACGACUACCAGAUGAAUGGACAGCUCGAGAUGUGCCGUAGUGUUGGUGGUGCUGGUGGUGGGAGUGGCGGCGUGCCCAACGGUCCUGGCGUUGGCGGCAACGGCUCUGGCCUGGGCUCGGUCCUGUCCGUGCAGAAUUCCCUGAUGCUCUCCGCGAACAAUGCAUCCGCGGGCAAUGCCCCGAAUGGCAUGGGCGUGAGCAUUGGCGUGGGGAUGGGCAAUGGGCCGGGCAGUGGCUUGAGCAGCUGCAGCCUGUCCACCAACACCAACAAUUCCGGCAGGACGAACUUCACCAACAAACAGCUGACGGAACUGGAGAAGGAGUUCCACUUCAAUCGGUAUCUUACACGGGCACGGCGCAUCGAAAUAGCGAAUACAUUACAGCUGAAUGAAACGCAGGUGAAAAUCUGGUUCCAGAAUCGCCGCAUGAAGCAGAAGAAGCGCGUGAAGGAGGGCCUCAUCCCGGCUGAGCAUAUGCACACCCAGCACACAUCCACAUCCGUACCCGUAAUCACAGAGAAGCCACCGCAGCAGCAGCAGCAACAGCAGCAGCAAGCAGAGUUGCAAUUAAAAUCCCAAAGCAGUGAUCUAAGCAGUAACGAACUACCUGCGGCAGCUUUAACGGUAACAACAGCAUCCGUCAAGCAGAGUUGAACAGUUUUCAGGAUUGCUGCUCAGAUUGAUCUUUGUUUUAAUUGUUAUUGCUGUCUAAGCUGCUAUUGUUGUUGUUGUUUUUGUUGUUGUCGCCAAAAUGUUGACGCAUUUCGUUGUGAUAAAUUAAUAGAAAAUGCAAAAAAAUAAAUAAAAGAAAUAUAAAUAAAAAAACUAAAUAAGAGAAUACAAUAAUUAA